GCGCCGACAUGCUGUGCCGGCUGGGCGCUGGGCGGCUGCGGAGGCCGCGGCUCGCGGCGCCCACCCCCGCGGGCGGCGGCCGGUGUCCGCAGUGGGCGCGGGCGGUGGCGUCGGGGUCGGCAGGCGGCCCAGGCGGCCCUGGCGGCCCUGGCGGCUGGUACGAGGCCCUGGCCGCGUCGGCGCCGGUGCGGGGCGCGGAGGAGAUGCUGCUCGGCCUGCACGCCGCCGCGGGCCUGCCCUGGUGGGCCUGCAUCGGGCUCGGCACCGUGGCCCUCCGCGGCGCCGUCACGCUGCCCCUGGCCGCCUACCAGCACUACAUCCUGGCCAAGGUGGAAAAUUUACAGCCAGAAAUAAAAAACAUUGCAAGGCAUCUUAACCAGGAAGUUGCGGUUCGUGCAAAUCAGUUGAAGUGGUCCAAAAGGGUUGCCAGGCUCACUUAUCUAAAGAAUAUGCGGAGGCUUGUUUCAGAGCUGUAUGUUCGGGAUAACUGCCACCCUUUCAAAGCCACUAUAUUGGUCUGGAUUCAGUUUCCGAUGUGGAUCUUCAUGUCUGUUGCUCUCCGGAAUUUUAGCACAGGGGCAGCACAUUCAGAAGCAGGUUUUUCUGUUCAGGAACAGUUAGCUACUGAUGGAAUCCUGUGGUUUCCUGACCUCACUGCACUGGAUUCUACCUGGAUUCUGCCUAUUUCUGUUGGUGUCAUCAAUUUAUUAAUAGUGGAGAUUUUUGCCCUGCAAAAAAUUGGAAUGUCUCGUUUUCAGACAUAUAUUACAUACUUUGUUCGUGCAGUAUCAGUGUUGAUGAUUCCAGUUGCUGCGACAGUACCUUCAUCGAUUGUACUCUACUGGUUAUGCUCCAGCCUCAUGGGGCUUUCACAGAACUUGCUGCUGCGCUCUCCUAGAUUUCGCCAGCUUUGCCGAAUACCGUUGACCAAGUCAGAUUCAGACUCUCCUUAUAAGGACCUCUUUGCUGCCUUUUAUACCAAGUUCAUUUCAAGAAAAUGACAUGCUUUCCAGUAAUUUUGAAACAAUUGCAAGUGUUGCUAUCACAAUAUAUUUAUGUUUAGAAAUUCAGAUGUGAUUUAAUUUGUUUUUAUUUAAAAUCAUGAAUUGUAGUACUGUGGGUUAAGAUACAAUCCAAAUAUAUUUGACAAUACUUAAACUUUUUUAAGUGCUAGAAUUUUAUGUUUAAUUGUAUUGAAAAAUAACAAAAGUAGAUUGAAAGUGUCUGGUUCUGCUUAUAAAAUUAUAACUUACUAGAGGUGCCACAACUUUGGAAAACAGGAUCAAAUACUGAAUGAUGUCAGAUUAUACUGACCAGUCUCCUACAUUAAAGUUUUAUAAAGUAAGAGAAUCCGUUGAGGUGGUUCUUAAAAUUUUGGAGAUGUGGAGGAUCAUAGACCCAUUUAUUUGCUAAGGCUACGGCUUUCUUUUCAGGAAAAUCUUGGGACUCACAAUGGGGGCCUUCGUUGAUGACCUUUUCCUUCCCCCUGUCCUGAGGCUUUCUGGUCAUUCCUGGCUGAGAAAUCUUAUUCUAAUCGGACACACAAUGAUGAUGAGUUAAUGUGUGACUUUUAAAAAAUGAACGAAAUAUAUGCAGUAGAUUAGUCCUUAUAAGAAAGUACCUAAUAUCAUAGGUGAUGUUGCCUUUCAACCCUGCUCUGAAAGACUACAAGAAGGGUGCAUUCCUCUUUCUAUAACUUGAGAAGACUGGACUAGAGGAUAGCACUGAGUACAGCUAGAGCCCAAAGUGGGAAAUCUUAAGCAUUAAGUUUGUAUAGUUGAAGGAAAUCAGAAGGGCAGCUACCUACUAUGGAGGUGAUUUUAUAAACUAUUUGGAAGGAUUAAGUAUUCUAGUGGGUUUAAACUAUCAUAGGUGCUUAAUAUAGAAAAAAUUAACAGAUAAUAUAAAUUGUGGAUCCAGUUUUUUGCUUGUUUGAUUUGAAAAGAUGAUAAAACUAAUCACAGUUGGGUUAUCUAUGAAUAAACUUGACAGUCAUUUGAGAAGAUUGUAAAUUACAAAUUUUCAUUGAGUUGAAAUAUGAACCUGCUUUUGAGAUGCCCUAUCAUCCCAUCUCAUGUUUUACAAUUAAACGAAAACUAACGUGGAAUUAAUUAGUCAUUUCUUGAGGAAUGUCUGUUAACGUCAGGAAUGUCAGCUUUUGGGGCUGUCACCUUACCAGGAAUUUAGAGGUAGCAAUUGGGACCUGGUUCUCUUCUUGACUUCCCAGUUCUGGUUCAUGACUGCUCCUACUGAGGUAAUUGUCCAAUCUCAGUGAAAGAAUUGAAACCUUUGUGCAAUCAGUCCUCAUGCACAGACUUCAUAUUUGCUGGUUUGCCUACUCACUAAAAUUUAUUUGUAACCCCCAAGUCAGUACAGUGCUCUUGAUGUUAUUUUUGGACAAACAGUGGCAAAAAUUUGAGUCAUUCAAGGUGUGUUCCCAGCUAGGUCAAACAAGGCAACACUGUGGCUUCUUGUCAUCUCUCAUACUGUGUAACCAAGUGUCCUUUAUAUGGUGUAGUGCCAUUUUUUUUUUCAUUUUUGUGCUUUUUGUUGGUGAUGUCACUAUUUAAAAUGGUCUCCAACUGUUGUCAUGCUAAGGUGGUAUCUAUUUUUUCCAGGCACAAGAAUGCUGUGAUGUUCCCUAAGGAGAAAGUAACACCUACAUUAAAUAAACUUCAUUCAGGCAUGAGUUAUGAUGCUGUGUUAGCCAUGAGUUUGCCAUUAAGAAAUCAACAACAUAUUGUAAUGAUGAGUUGGCAAAAAUGUGACAAGGUCACAGGAACACAACCCUGUAUAUUCUCUAAGGGCAAUGGUUUCGUGGUUACUAAGUGUUCGUGGUAACUUUUAGAAUAUAACUACCUCAGAUAACAAGAAUUGACCUUUUGGAACAUGUACAAUCAAGGAAGCAAAGGCAGAAAUGUGUAUGCUGGUUGUUUUUUCUUUUUUCUUUUUUUUUUUUUUUAAGAAUUUUUUUUAAAGAUUUUAUUUAUUUAUUUAUGAGAGACACAGAGCGAGAGAGAGAGAGAGAGAGAGAGAGGCAGAGGGAGAAGCAGGCUCCAUGCAGGGAGCCCGACGUGGGACUCGAUCCCGGGUCUCCAGGAUCACGCCCUGGGCUGAAGGCUGCGCUAAACCGCUGAGCCACCCUGGCGUCCCUGUAUGCUGGUUGUUUUAUAGCAAAAAGAGGAAAGGGAAUUUGGGAAAAAUUUGUCUGUCUCUGGUACAAGUCGAGUCUGGCCAUGGUUGUCUUUGGGUACUGACUGAUUCAUAGAUUUUUCUCACAAUUGGUUGAAGCAAAUCAGCCCUCUUCCCCCAUCUUAUUCGAAGAAGUUUGUCACUUUCUGAAAGAAAUAAAGGAAUGCUGUGACUCCCUUUUC